AUGGCGUCAUCACGAUCCACGACAACUCGUCUCUUGAAAGAACUACAAGACUAUACUAGCAAUCCAAACGAAGCUUUACUCCAUCUCGGACCGAUCAAUGACGAGGAUCUGCUGCACUGGGAGGCGGUGCUAAAGGGCGUCAACGGGACGCCAUAUGAAGGUGGCCUCUGGCAACUCCACAUCGAAAUCCCGACCAACUACCCUCUUUCCCCGCCCACCAUUCGCUUCAAAACGCGCAUUUCCCACCCAAACAUCAGCUUCACCACAGGCGAAAUAUGUCUCACCCUUUUGACGACUGAGCACUGGAGUCCCGUAUACACACUUUCCACAACGCUAUCGGCAAUACAUCAGCUUUUGACGGACCCGAGACCGGACUCGCCGCUCAAUGUGGAUGUAGCGGCGUUGUUGAGGGAUGGGGAUGUCGCCGGGUGGGAGAGUAUUGUGCGGUAUUGGACGGAGGAAGAGAGGUGGCAGGGUCCGCCGGGGAAUGCGAAGCCUGCUGCAAGAUGA